AUGUCAGAAGAUGAAAUAUCAAUAGAAGGGGACUUAUUUGAAGAACCAGAAGGGUUUCUUCCUGAACGUCCGUCAUCGCAUUUUUCAACCUAUCAAAGAAAAAUACCCAAUGCUGAGCCACAAGAAAUAACAUUGAAAUUGGUUGGCCAUAACCCAUUAUAUGGACACUUAUUGUGGAAUGCCGGAAUAUAUACUGCUGAUUAUUUAGACAAACAUUCUGAUACAUUAGUCAAAGAUAAGAAAAUCUUGGAAUUGGGUGCCGCUUCAGCAUUACCUUCCUUAGUAUGUAGUCUUAAUCAUGCCAAAGAGGUGGUUGUCACUGAUUAUCCUGAUCCAGAUUUAUUAUCUCAUAUGGAAUAUAGUUUCAACGAUUUAAAGGAGAAAACAAAAUACGAAUUGAGUCCAUGGACAGUUAAAGGAUAUAUAUGGGGACAUGAUUUGGGGGAACUAUUAUUUGAUGAACCAGGAAGAAAAUUAACAGAGGAGGAGAAAUUCGACUUGAUUAUAUUAUCUGAUUUAGUAUUUAAUCAUUCAGAACAUCAUAAAUUAUUAAAUACUUGUCGUCAAAGUUUAAAAAGUGAUGGCGGAAGAUGUUUCGUAGUGUUUAGUCCUCAUCGACCACAUUUAUUACAAGAUGAUUUGGAUUUUUUUGAAACUGCUAAGCAAUAUCAAUUUAAAACGGAAAAAAUUGAAAUGGUUACUUGGAAACCAAUGUUUGAAGAGGAUGAAGAAACUGCCGAUAUUAGAGCUAGAGUAUAUGCAUUCUUUUUAAUACCCGAAUGGGAAUAA